AUGGAUUCCUCCAGUCCGCCUAACCCUUGUUUAUCCGUGGGCUCCACCGGUCCUAGCGCGGUCAUGCUUCUCUAUUCGAAGGAACUCAAAAAGUGGGAUGAUUUUGAAGAUAUUUUAGAGGAGAGGAGACAUGUCAGUGACUUGAAGUUUGCAAUGAAAUGCUACACACCUCUUGUCUACAAGGGACUCACUCCUUGCAAGCCAAGUGAUAUUAAAUAUAGUGUUCUCAAUUCUGAAGAGAUUCAUUACAUCAUCAGAGAGCUUUCCAAGGAAUCUAAACAAUCCAUCGAUGUCCUCAAAGAAGAAGCUUGUAAAAUCUUGGAUGAAAUGAGUCAUAAACUACGCCUAGGAGUUAUUAGAUUUUUUGCCUUCACCCUGAGCAAAAUAUUUAAACAAAUUUUCUCGAAGGUGUGUGUAAAUGAAGAAGGUAUUCAGAAACUCCAGCGUGCCAUCCAGGAGCACCCGGUGGUUCUGCUGCCGAGUCACCGCAGCUACAUUGACUUUCUGAUGUUGUCUUUUAUUUUGUACAACUACGAUCUGCCUGUGCCAGUCAUAGCAGCAGGAAUGGACUUUCUGGGAAUGAAAAUGGUUGGUGAGCUUCUACGAAUGUCAGGCGCCUUCUUCAUGCGGCGUACCUUUGGUGGCAAUAAGCUCUACUGGGCUGUAUUCUCAGAGUAUGUGAAGACCAUGUUACGGACGGGUUAUGCUCCUGUUGAAUUUUUCCUCGAAGGGACCAGAAGCCGCUCUGCGAAGACGCUGACUCCUAAGUUUGGUCUUCUGAGUAUUGUAAUGGAGCCAUUUUUCAAAAGAGAAGUUUUUGAUACCUACCUUGUUCCGAUCAGUAUCAGUUAUGACAAGAUGUUGGAAGAAACUCUUUAUGCAUAUGAGCUGCUCGGGGUCCCUAAGCCUAAGGAAUCUACAACAGGGUUGUUAAAAGCCAGGAAGAUUCUUUCUGAAAAUUUUGGAAAUAUCCAUGUGUACUUUGGAGACCCCAUCUCAGUUCGAUCUCUGGCAGCUGGAAAGAUGGACCGGAGCCCAUAUAACUUGGUUCCAAGGUACAUUCCUCAGAGACAAUCAGAGAGCAUGUAUGCCUUCGUCACUGAAGUUGCCUAUAAGAUACAGCUUCUGCAGAUUGAAAAGAUGGUUCUGAGCCCAUGGACCCUCAUAGUUACGGUCCUGCUGCAGAACCUGCCAUCUGUGAGCUUUGAUGCUCUGGUGACUAAGACCCUGUGGCUGAAGGGGUUGGCGCAGACCUUUGGAGGAUUCCUCGCCUGGCCUGAUAACAAGCCUGCUGACGAAGUUGUCCAGUCCAGCAUCCUUCUGCACUCCAACAUCGCGUCUCUUGCAGACGACGAGGUGGUCCUGAAGAUGGUCUCCACAGAGUCAGAGGUGGUUGAAGGCCUGAUGCUCCGGCACAUCAUGCUCCUCAUGUGUUCAGCUUAUAGGAACCAGCUGCUCAACGUUUUUGUACGUCCAUCCUUAGUAGCUGUAGCCCUGCAGAUGGCACGCGGGUGCAGGAAAGAGGAUGUCUACAGUCACUUUUACUUCCUCCGCGAUGUUUUCUCAGAUGAGUUCAUCUUUUUCCCAGGAAAUGCACUAAAGGACUUUGAAGAAGGCUGUUAUCUGCUUUCUAAGUGUGAGGCCAUACAGGUGAAGACCAGUGACAUCCUAGUGACAGAGAAAGGAAAUGCUGUAGUAGAAUUUUUGCAAGGACUCAUCAGGCCUUUUGUGGAGUGUUACCAGAUAAUUUGCAGAUACCUCUUGCUAGAAGAAGCAGCAGCUUCCUUUUCCGAUAAGCACUACGUGACGGGAAUUAGAAAGUUUACGAAUCAGCUACUUCUCCAAGGUGCCUCUCAGUGUUAUGAUGUAUUAUCUUCCGAUGUGCAGAAGAAUGCCCUAGCUGCUCUCGUGAGACGAGAUGUAGUACAGAAGAAGAAAGUAGAUAAUGAAUGUAUAUUUAACGUGAAUCAGUCUGCUGUAACUAAAUUGGAAGAAAUGCUUGGUGGUAAGGUACCAGUAGGAAAACCAGUAACUGCAAAACUUUAA